AUGUCGUUUUUUCAAACACAUCCAUCUUCACCCAUCCGCCCAACAAUAAACUUUCCAGCGACUUUUGAACAAAACUCUCACUCUAUCGAGACUAUAAUCGCUCUUACAUCAUGCAUAGUCUACGCUUUCUUAACACCGAUAUUGGCUCUAUUAGUCUACCUGGCCAUAUAUCCGCGAUCGUUUAAGACGACCUCAAUGGAAGUAGCGAUUGCGAUAAUAAGAACGAUAGUACUAGAAUUUCCUUUUCCUCUGAUGGUUGUAAAGACUGCUAUAUUGUGGUUGGCCGCUGGUACUGGAGCAUUCUUUUACCCAUUGACUGCUGCAAUUGUGUGGGUUGAUCUCGUAACAUUUGCCAUGCUAUGCUAUGUUUUCUACAUUACGUACAAAACAAAAGAAAUAAUUGAUACUCACACAGAAGAUUUACAAUCAUACGGUCCCAAAUUGCCUGGUUUGCUAAGCCUACAGUUUUGGCUUCGAACAGUCACAGCUUUCUAUUUACCAUUAAACAUUGACGUCGUUCGAGAUAUAACUUACGUAAAUGAAAAGGAACUGGAUAAAGCAGGAUCGAAAGCAGCGCAACAUCUAAAACUUGACAUCUACAAGCCAAAAGACACCAAACCGAACGACAGUUGCCCUGUUUUGAUCUUCAUCCAUGGAGGCAUUUGGCAGCUUUCUGACAAACUCAUUCCCUAUCCACAACCAUGGUACAUGGCUUCACACGGUUGGGUUGUCGCCUCAAUAAACUAUCGAGUUCCUCCCGACGUUCAAUUUCCUACACAUUUAAUUGAUUGCAAGCGAGCGCUGAGGUGGGUUAAGGCUAACAUUAGCAAAUAUGGAGGAGAUCCGGAAUUUAUCUGUGCUUGUGGAGACUCUUCUGGUGGGCAUUUGGCGUCUCUGUUAGCACUUACAGGAGAGAACAAGCCAAGAGAUGCGCAAAGUGAAUUUGGGGUAAAGAGAGGUACAAACGAAAAAACGACGAGUAACAGCACAAUAGGCUAUAACGCAGAGAGUCUGCGAAAAAUUUAUCAACCAGGCUUUUCGACUAUUCCGCUCCCCAUUCGAGCAUGUGUAGUAAUAAAUGGCAUUUACGGUAUAAGCGAAAAACACGGAAUUUCCAAAUUAGAAACUGUAUUUCCCGGUUGGUUUUCAAACCACGUCUGCAAUGACGUUAAGGGUAAAGAGGACAGCAGUUUGGACACAUUCAAAGAUUUUAGCACAGAAGAGUGGUUGUUGAGGAGAAAGGAAGAGGACAUUGUACCGUAUUUGGUGUUUCAUGGCGCAUUAGAUUCGAUAAUCGAAGUGGAGCAACCGCGAUCGUUUGUAAAUUCGUUCAAACGACGCGCACCGAGACAAAAGAUUGUUUACAUCGAGUUUCCUAAUUCCGAUCAUUUUUAUUAUUUAACAGCUUCUCUGCGAACGCAGUACCAAAUGAUUACAAUGCUACGAUUCUUAAAUAGACUCUACUCAGAGUAUAAAGAAAAAGAAAACGACUAA